AUGAAGCUACAAGAUGAGGAAGACCGACUUGUCAGAAUACAAGAAGCAUUGAAACUUAAAGUGGCAGAAAGAGAAAAUCUAGAGCUAGAACUAGCUCAGGAAACGAACAAGACAUCACAAUUAUUAGAACAACAGCAACGAGAUAACGCUGAAAAACAAGAUCUUCUCCACAAUUUAUCUCAAACUCAUCGCGUACUAGAAGAGCAACAUGACCACAUGACGACAUCAAUUAAGAGCUUGGAAUUGGCCUUAAACCAAAAGCAACAAGAAAGGCAUGAUUUGGAAGAAUUGUUGCGAAAAGAGCAAUCCACACUUGAAGCAGAACGCAAGCAACUAACCGAAUCAGAGCAGCAAAAGAGCGUACAUCAAGAGAAGUUGAAAGCAUUACAGCAAGAACAUGCCACCCUUACAUCUCUUAUUAAAAAAGAAGAAACAGUGCUGAGAGUUGAGAAGGAGAAUUUGAAGAGGCUGCAAAACGAUAUUCAAACUCUUCAGAGAAAACAAUCUCAAUUGGAGGAGGAAGUAAAACAACGGAAAUCUAUAAUGACCAGCGAGGCAACAGAGCAAGCGAAUGGUCACUUGACAGCAAUUCUGAGAGAGUUCCAAAUGAUUCCAAUGUCGAAGUCAAGUGACGACUGCAUUCAAAUCUCCAUCAAUGGUAUCCGAAGAAAAGAGCGUGCCACCCGAAAAAAAGAAAGCCAUUCUCCAAGUAAGGUCAACAAAAAGCCAACCCCAGCCCCAAUUGAAAUUAUUGACUCACUUUUGACGGAUCUUCACAAAAAAGGCAUCAAUGAUGAAUUUCCACAAGAUGACAAGAAGCACUAUAUUCUACCUCUCAAUUAUGAUCCUCUCAUUGUGAUGGUACAGCAAUAUGCAUGCAUUUUAUGCGACAAGUGCAUUAUGGGAAAGGGAGAUUUGUCUCGAUUUUACCACAUGGUAUUUCCCAAGUUGUUAGAGAGCUUGGCUUCUCACAUCAAAUCCGAACAACAUGACAUGGAAGCGCAACAGAGGUACAAAAAACUUUUUACCAAAUUGAGGCACGUUAAAAAAACCUUCUCUGAAUUUGAACAUGUGAAAACCUUGGAGGCCUCAAAGGAAUAUGCAACCUUGUCACUUCUCUUUAUAUUUUAUGCAUUUAUUUAUGGAGUAUUUUCGAAAGAGUUUUGGGAUUAUUAUUGUUCUGCCGUGGAUUUUUUGAAGGAGCAUUAUGAAAGCUCAUCAAGUCUCCUCAUGAACGCGGAUUCACGUGAGGAUUUACUAUUUUUGGUGAAGAAACAAUCAAAAUUCAAAUGUAUACUCUCUGAUUUCGAGACUGUUGCGGACCAUCAAAAGGAAGUUGCAGAGCUAUUACUUGUGGAUCAUCAUAAUUGUCAUCAAUGCUUAUCCAUGCCUCCAUUGGAAAGACUGAAAGGAGUACUCUAUGAAAUUCGGCAAGUUUGUUUCAGGAAUAGUAGUAGUGGUGGUGAUAGCAUGAGUGGACAGAAUUCUCAAGCCAUAUCUGAAUUGCUUCAACUUAAAUUUACUGCUAGCUUGUUAUCUACAUAUGAGAUUGGUUUCAGACAAUUCAAAUUCUUUGGUCGAUAUUUCUUUUGGGAUUAUUUAAAGUUUUAUCUUGAAAAGGUUGCUACCAAGCAGAGCUCGAAUGAAACCUCGACUUUGAUUCAAGAAUUGUAUCAACAUGCUAAUGAGAGGCUGACUUUACUCGUAUCCAAAGAACCAAAUGAUUUAAAGUUUGCCUUAUUUGUGAGCAUGGCUAUCAAUAAGAGAAAACUCGAAGAGAUUUUCACACCUCUGUUUACCAAUCCUCAAAUAGCUGAAUAUUUUUCGGAGGACGCGAUUGUACGCUCUGACAAGGUGAAAGAUGUGCUUUGGGUGCUUGCUCAGAUUGAUUCUUUCACCACUCUACCAACCAUCGACAUUUCACAAAUGAACAAUAUGCAUUUUGAUUAUGCAAAGGGAGCUUGGAUUGGAAUGCAAUAG